UAAAGCACAAGUCAUCAUCGUCGUCGUCUUCCCGACUUUCCAAAAACUUCAAAAAAAUCUCUGCAGCUCUCCUCCCAUGGCGUUCGAGCAAAUCCCCCACCGCCCAUUCGCCUUCUUCUUCGUCUUCGUGGCGCUGUUCCUCCCGCUGGCGGAGUGCUCCUCCAUCCACGACCUGCUGAUAUCUAAAGGCCUGCCGGCGGGGCUGCUGCCGAAGGAUGUCCGGUCGUUCACCCUGUCGGAAUCGGGCCUGCUUCAGGUCUUCCUCGACGGUCCGUGCCUGACAAAGUUCGACACCAAUAUGGCUCUUUACGAAAGCGAGGUUCGCGCGAAUCUGACCUACGGCAGCCUCACCGGCGUCGAGGGAUUGUCCCAGGAGGAGCUGUUUCUAUGGCUGCCGGUAAAGGACAUCAUCGUCGACGACCCAACCUCCGGCCUGAUACUCAUCGACAUCGGACUCGCUCAUAAACAGCUUUCCUUAGCCCUCUUCGAAGAUCCUCCCGACUGCGCCACUACCAGAACUGAUCAGGGCAUCUUGGAGGUAAAGGGCAGAGCUGGUAAUAAGGCAUUUGCAGCACAGAGAUGAUGAUGAUGACAACAAUGGUGAAGAAGAAGAUGACCUUUCAGGGAUUUUCAAGAAAUGGCUUUUUGGGUUUAAUUUUGCCGAUAGUUUUGCAGUGGUAUAUUAAUAAUGAAUGGUCAGUGAGUGGCAGUAAGAAGUUAGGACAUGUCUGGCAGGCAACAGUAGUGUGUAAAGGUUGGGGAAUCAGAUCUCCUGAUUAAUCAUAGUACAAAUGCUAAUCUUCUAAGUUUUAUCUAUUUUAUUUUCUUGUUUA